GGCCGGGCAACCGCGCCAGGGGGCUGGUCCGGAGCGGGGUCGGUGCGAGCUCCCCGGCGGCGGCGGCGGGGGAAGUUGGGCUCGCGUGCGCUGCGCUCGCUCUUUCCUUCCUUAAUGCUGCUGGCUUUCUUUCUCCCUGUCUCCUUGUUAUACGGCGGAUCCGGUGGUUUCUGCCGGCGCCGACUCUUGCUCGCCCUGGUGCAGGCGUGAGACUUGUCAGCGCGCUGGCGGGGGAAGAGCAAACCUAGCGCUGCCGAAUAGUCUGCGCUCCGCCGACCCGGCGGACGGCCGCGGAGACGGCUGCGUCCCGAGCAGCCCCCUCCUUUGAGGCUCAACUUGAGCCCUGGCUUGUGGCAGCAGCGAAGGCGCUGAGCCCCGAAGUUCCGCAUCGCUUGCAGACAACUCUUUUGUUCACGGAAGUUUACACCCGCCACCCCUGGGAUGCGGGCGCGCAGGGACGACUCCAAGGCUGCACGACUGACCCGCGCGGUGUCGAUGGGGGCUGUUGACUACUUUUGGCCAUUCCCAGAGGGCCUUGUCACCAGUCUGAGCAACUGAUGGGGAGCUGUUUCUAAUGACCUCACUCUCCGGAAUGCCCAGGUAUCACUGUUAAUCAAGUCUUCCCCCCUGAAGAUGGCCUGUGCCCAGCCUGGGAUGCCGCCCAGUUCCUGAGGUCCUUACCAUGGUGAUGAUCCUAAGGAGAAGCCUCAUCAACCAGGGAGCUGACUCUGGAGCACACAGGACCUUCAUCCCUGAACUGCACACGCCAAAGAUGAGUCAAGGACCUACCCUCCUUUCUUGUGGAAUUAUGGAAAAUGACAGAUGGCGAGACCUGGAUAGAAAAUGCCCUCUUCAGAUUGACCAGCCAAGCGCCAGCAUCUGGGAAUGUCUGCCUGAAAAGUGUCAGGAUGGCUCCCUGUGGCACCAGGAGGCAGUGACUGCCUGUGCAGUGACCAGCCUAAUCAAAGACCUCAACAUAAAUGACCACAAUGGGAACCCCUCAGCUCCUCCCAGCAAACGCCAGUGCCGGUCACUAUCCUUCUCUGAUGAGAUGUCCAGUUGCCGGACGUCAUGGCGGCCCUUGGGGUCCAAAGUCUGGACUCCGGUGGAGAAGAGACGAUGCUACAGCGGAGGCAGCGUCCAGCGCUACUCCAAUGGCGUCAGCCCCAUGCAGCGGAGCUCUAGCUUCAGCCUCCCUGCCAGGGCCAAUGGGCUCUCUUCACCUUGCCACCAGUCGAGCCUGCACCAUCGCUUUGGGGGGCAACCCUGCCAAGGAGCACCAGGCUCAGCCCCCUGUGGACAGGCGGGCGAUAGCUGGAGCCCAGACCCACACCCAGUGGGAGGGGGCCGGCUGGACCUGCAGCGGUCCCUCUCUUGCUCACAUGAGCAGUUUUCCUUCCCAGAAUACUGUCCCCCCUCAGCCAACAGCACACCUGCCUCAACGCCAGAGCUGGCAAGACGCUCCAGUGGGCUUGCCCGCAGCCGCUCUCAGCCGUGCGUCCUUAAUGACAAGAAAAUCGGUGUGAAACGGCGGCGUCCAGACGAAGUGCAGGAGCAAAGACCUUCUUUAGACCUUGCCAAGAUGGCACAGAACUGUCAGACCUUCAGCAGCCUCAGUUGCCUGAACAUGGGGGUGGACGACCACAGCUCCCAGAGCCCCUUUGCCCUCGUCAGCAGUACCCGAUCCUGGACCGCAUUGCUCUCAGCCUCCAGCCCAGGGGGCAGGACUCCUGCUGGGACCCCUGUUCCUGAGCCUGUUCCUGAGCCUGCUCCCCACUCCUUUGAUGACCAGUUCACCUGCCAGGAGGACCUAUCCUGUGACGAGUCAGAUGGCUGCAGUCUAGAUGAGGAUUGCUGCAGGAAGGGGGAUCCGGCCACAGCCUGGCGGGACCGGGGAGCCUGCACGAACAGCCUCUGCUCUUUGGAUGGCGAGCUGGACAUUGAGCAGAUAGAGAACAACUGAGGGCCCUGGCCUGGGGUGGAGGCACUCCUCUAGGCCUUAGGUCACUCCAAGGGGGACCUGGCUCCUGGGUCUGACAGAGGCUCCUCCAAAAAAUGGAGCCCACCCAUUUUCAAAGGAACCAGCCAUCACCCUGUAGUGCCCAAAUUUGUGAAGGCAACUUGGCCACACCUCACAGGUGACAGCUGGCCUCCCACCAGUUCCAUGGAACUACUAUAGCCCAAAACAGGUUUUCGGUGUGGUGUCCUCCUCUUUGUUCCUUAUGGAGUGCUGGGUAGCCACCAUUUUCCAGUAGGCCUGGGCCAGCUGCACCCUUCAGGUAGGAUGCCGGGGGCCUGAGCCCCCUUAUAGCCUCGCUCAGGUUCCUUCUGGGGAGUUACCCAAAGCCUCCUUUACUUAGUUUACUCCGUGCCUUCUCUCCCAGGUCUCCCUGGCCCAGGCUUGGGAAGGUUCGGGAGACACCUCUUGUAGUGACAGCAGACCGUGUGGCCUUAAUCCAUUUGGGGCACUGGCAGGGAUUCUGGGAUAAUCCAUGUCCCAUUUUUCGGGAUCAGGGGAUAGUUAGGGAUGACCAGAAGCCAUCCAUAUUGGGUAGGCAUUUGGUGGUUGUGUUGACUGAAAGGUGGGCCCACCAGCUCUCCCAUGUCACUAAGAAUCACCCACACCUCUGCCACUUCAGGGGCUACCUUGGCAAGGCUGACAUUGGUAGCCUUCCUUCUGUCCCCAGUCCCUGAGAGCUGAACUGAGCUCAGUGAAUUCAGCUGUGUAUAGAGAUGUCAGUGGCAAGAUGACCUCUUCAUAGUGUCCUCAGGAUCUACAAGCAGGUGCAGGAGUCUCGGCCCUGUGUACAUUCCUGGGUAGAGGGAUGUCUGCUGGCUGCUUUGCAGGCUAGCCACUCUGCAGGCUCCCCUCUGUAGCAGUCUGUGUUGGGGGCCUGCAAGCCUCCACCACAUUCCUAGCACAUUGUUGCUUGUUCACAGACACUGCUGGCUUUAAUGAAAGCAUACCGCCGUUGGCUUCAAGACACCCCCCAACCCCCAGUCCACUGAUGUGAGCCUAGCCCUGAGGCUCUCCUCUGCAGGCCCAGCCACAGCAUGGCUUGAAUCACACUCCCCCUUGCAGCUCCUCACUCCCAGCAUAAUUCCCAGAGGGCAUCCGUUCAGGCAGCUCCCCUCAGUCCUCCCUGCAGACAUGCUACGGGGCUGUGCACUCUGGGACUCUGGCUUUUAGCAAACUUGGCAUCUUCUGCAGACAAUAGCAAGUGGGCUGGCUUACACAAGUGGCUUGUUUUCCCAUAAGGCUAAAAAUAACUGGUGCAUUCUCUUGGGUUUGUGGACAUGUGAUCUAGGCACAUUUGUAGUUGCUCUGCUGUGCCUACCCUCUGAGGUUUCACUGUCUGCUGGCUGAGCCCAAAUGGCUGUUACCUUUCUCCUAAAGAAAGACCUUGAUGGGAUCCUUUUGCUUAAACUUUAAUUUGUCUAUUCACCAGAAGAACCGAGGCUCAAGUUCUGAUGUAUAGGCAAUGUUUCUUUAAAACCAGACCCAAAGUACAGGAAGCCCCGCUCCUAUAACCCCAGGUUGGGUAGCCUGGUGGGUCCACGUGGUGGUGGUCGGGGCCCACCUGGCCUUGGGGGCACUGAGAAAGCAAAGUAGAAAGCUGGUGGAGGCAUGACCUACAAGCCCUGCCUGGUGAAUCACAGAGGAAGGUAGUUGAGAGGGCGUGGGAUGCACACCCCAGUGCCCUGGUUCCCAGAAAGCCCACAGUGAGGGAUUCUGUUAUCUGAAAGAACUUUAUGGUCCCUAAAGCUAUCCCCCUGAGGAAAGGAGAGGCUGGGCUCUGUCCCCUGCUUCACACAGGCUGUUAAGGCCAAAGCACAGAACAGUUGCCAGCUGCCUCUCCUGAGGACUGGGACCUGAUGGCAGGUGUGUGUCUUAAGGCUGAUGUGUGGCUGGCUUGUCCAUAGACUAGCUCUCUUGAGCCUGCUGGCGGAAGGACAAACAGGAACUUGCUGAGUGACAGCUUCAUCUUUGCUUCCUGCCUCUAGGAGACUGUUCCCUGGGCAGCAGUACUCCAAACCGGGGGUGGGGGUUGGCCCUUUGCAGCUUCCUCAGGCUUUUCUUGAUGUCACUGUCCCACUAAGGCCUCAGUCCAAGCACCCAGCAAAAGCAGCCAGAAAAGAUGGUGGUAGCUUUUCUGCCUAGUGUGUUCAUUUGCUUUCUGAAGUUCUUUUCAUCAAGUAAAGCAGGUUUUUGUCUAGAAGGUUUCCAGUCAGCUUUCAGCAGUUGUGUGACCCAGACAGACCCAUUCAUCUACCCCAUUCACUGGCCCCCAGACCUCUGGUCUUGGAUCUCCUGGAAGAAGGUUCACCUGAGAGGGUCCACUCUGUCUCCUGUGUACUUGGCACCACAGGCAGCAGGCAGACUGGCUCACCCCACAGGGAUCCUUUCUCAUCCUGCCUGUGAGUGUCACACCCCAGAGAAGCUGAGGGUGGGCUUGAUCACUCACUUGCCUAGGCAGCCUCCACCAAAGCCGACUGGGCCUCUUAGCACGUGACAUCCCGUUCACUCCAGAAGCCACCGAACCGACAGAGUUGCCCUAAGCCAGGUACCUGACCUGAGUUCAGGGUAGCAGCCUGACAUCCCGUUCACUCCAGAAGCCACCGAACCGACAGAGUUGCCCUAAGCCAGGUACCUGACCUGAGUUCAGGGUAGCAGCCUAGACAGUUUACAUGACUGCCCACUCCUGCCUUACUCCUGGGUGGUGAAGGUAGAAGCUGGCCAGCACCACGGGCUCCCUCAUGUAGGUCCAUGGAACUUGUUCUGCCCACACGUGUAUUCUCAGAAAGCCUUACUUUAAAAAAAAAAUUUUUUUUUUUUUGUAGCAGGAAAGUUUUCUAAAUUUGUAUGCAGAAAGUUAAAUAAAAUGAAGGCCCACAUUAAACAGGACAUGCCCACUCCCCCACUUUCUAGAUGGGUCUCCUAUGCAGACCAAUGGCCAUACUUUAUUAUGGGUUCAUUUAGUGUUCACAGCAGUUAGAACUCAUCCCUGGAUCCUGCACUCCAUUUCCACUGAUGUGGUUAAAAUUACUUGAAUGAUGGCCACUUAAAACGUAAGCCAGGGUCCAGGGCUCAGGGAUGCUCCGCCCAUACAACCCAUGAUGCUGCCCCUUGCCAUGCCCAUGCUGCUGGUCCCACCCCUGCCCCUGGUGCCAGGCCCCUGAAGGAGGAAGAGAAAGAUACUCUAGAAUUGCAGACUGAUGGAGCUCCUUUAGGCUAGAUAGGAUAGCCUGACGUAGCAUAGUCUCAUUGGCAAAUGAACUGCAUCAUCAGUGUUGGGGGGUGCGCCCAGGGAUCAGGGACAGAUGAGCCCACAGGCUGUGCUAGGGCCACGUGUGCCGUCCCAGCCAGGCAGCAGCAGCAGCGGUACUGUUUGAGGCAGUGUGGUGAAUGGUGCGGUGAGUCAGAACCCACCAGGGCUGCAGCCUGUAGGCUGCCCAUGCUGGGUCUGCUCGUUAGCACCACGCACCGCCGCCUGCCUCCCCCCCACAGGCCGUGACUGUCUUGCACUACAGCCACUCUAGUCUCAGGAAUUUGCUUGUUCCUUUUACUGUGUAAAUAAAGCUUCCUGGUCCAACA